AUGCGUAGCGUGCGUUGAAACAGCUGGAUAUUGCUGGAUACCGACGGCCGUUUUACGUUCGAUCGCCGGCCGAUUGAGAGAAUCGGAAUCAGCUCGUCAUUGCGAUUACGAGAGAUACGAACGGCAGGGAGUGUUUUCGGCGAGUAAUUCGCAGCGAGUUGUAACGACAUUGCGUUAUCGUUCACUAUAGUUGAUGAUUAACAGGUUUUCUCAAAGUGAUUCUCGACGACGCGGAGUAUGCUGGCUCUGAAAGCGACCGUUGUUAGUUGCUCUUACAGACGUAUCCCCAAGAGUUUCCUAUCGAGGAGCAAUUCGGCCGCUUCUAUCAAAUCUGAAGACAAGAUGUCGUUCGAAGACGAGAAACAGAAAUUCUUAAAUAUGCCGCCUGAGGAGAAGAGAAGUUUCUACAAGGGAGAUGUGACGACUCUGGAUCAGAUCCCGACGUGGCCAGAGUACUGGAACAAAAACAAGUCAAAUAUUACCAAGACUGUCGAAAAGAUUGAAAAAGUCGAUGAAGUCUUAGCUAAGAAAGUAUCGAUAUGGCAAGGAGAUAUAACGUCGCUCGAAAUAGAUGCGAUUGUCAAUGCUGCAAACUCGAGUCUCCUGGGAGGUGGUGGAGUUGAUGGAGCUAUUCAUCGAGCAGCAGGACCAAAUUUAAAGAAGGAAUGUGCAACAUUUGGAGGAUGCAAGGUUGGCGAAGCUAAAAUCACAGGGGGUUACAUGCUGCCAGCUAAAUAUGUUAUUCAUACAGUUGGUCCUCAAGGUGAAAAGCCAGAUAAAUUAAAAGAAUGUUAUGAGAAUAGUUUGGCCCUGGCUAAGGAAAAUCAUCUGCGUACCAUUGCGUUUCCAUGCAUAUCAACUGGAAUUUAUAGAUAUCCACAAAGGCCAGCGGCCAAAGUAGCUUUAUCGACAAUCAAGAAAUUUCUUCUCGAUAAUAAAGAUGCUAUGGAUAGAGUUAUUUUUUGCUUAUUUUUGGAUACUGACAAGGAAAUAUAUGAGGAACUAUUGCAAAAAUACUUUUCUCUCGACUAAAUAUCUAUUCACAAAUAAAUUUCUACUAUAAAAUACCCACAAUGUUUGGUAUAAUCUUGUAAGCCAUAUUUGGAAAAUAAAUUAUUCAUAUAGAGUGUAAUAUAA